CGCUCGGGAACGGCGGCGGCGGCGAUGGCCCCGGAGCGCGGCGACCGGUCGCUCCCCCCCGGCGGUACCGAGGGGCUCCCCCGGGUGUUCCUCCAGAGCCUGCGGACUCUUUUCGAUAUCCUGGAUGACCGGCGGCGGGGUUACGUGCACCUACGGGAGAUCGAGUCCCGCUGGCGGGGAGCGGAAGCCCAGGAGCUGCCCGCCGGGGUGAUGGAGGGCUUGCGGCGGGCGGCGCCGGCCAGCGGGUACCUCACGUUCGAGCGGUUCGUCCUGGGCCUGCGCGCCGCCCUGCCCGGUGCUGACCCCCCCCCGGAGAGCGGCGGCGGGCGGCGGGGCGCGGAGAAGCCGCCGAGCCCCCGCGGUGCCGAGGAGCGGCGGGGGAAGAGCGGCGGGCACUGUCGCCUGAUGUACUCUAUGGUUGGCCCACAGACACAGGGUCUGGAGGGGUACGUCUGCACAGCCAAGCCCAUCACCAAGCAGGAGCUGCCUCCAAGAGGAGUUGUGUUCCUGGCAGAGCCUGUGCCAGCCAAGCAGGACUCAGGGGUGCUCAAGCCAGUGCUUUGCUCAGCUGCUCCCUGCCACGUCUAUUUGCAAGACCACCCUACAGAUAGAGGUCCCCGAGAAGUGGCUGUGGGGAGGUUUUUGUUGCAACCGGCUGGUAGCCUCAUGAUUUCCUCUGUUACAGGUGGUGAUACUAAAGCUGCUGGGCAGUCCCGGGGAGAUGGUAGCCAUCCAGGGGCUGGGGACACUCGGAGGCAUCAGAGGGGACGUGCAGAACACCGCAGACACACCAUCACCAAUGGCGUGGACUUCAAUGUGCUGAAGCACAUGAAGGAGCUGGAACAGGAGAAGGAUUUCCUGCUGCAAGGUCUGGAGCUGGUAGAGCGCACCUGGGAGUGGUACCACCAGCACAUCCAGUUCAUGCAGGAACGCCAAAGGCUCCUGGGGAAGAACAAAACCAGUGCUGAGUUCCUCCCUGAAGGCGGCCAGAGCCACCUGGGGCACCUGCUCCCCAAGCUGCAGGAGGUGAACAGCUGCCUGGGUGACCUCCUUUCCACCGCUGGCAAGCCAGCAAACUCCUCCUCAGCCCUGGGCAGGCUGGUCCCUGUGGUGUCCCCAGCCUCAGCAGGCUCACAGCAAACCAUCAACAUGCUGAAGGAGCAAAACCGGCUUCUCACUAAAGAGGUGACUGACAAGAGUGAACGUAUCACCCAGCUGGAGCAGGAGAAAUCUGCCCUGAUCAAGCAGCUCUUCGAGGCUCGCGCCCGCAAUAGCCAUGAAACGAGCCAGCUGGACUCUACCUUCAUUUAGCAACCAUCUCCCUGUGCGCUGUCCUUGAGCUUCCUUGGGGUUUUCAUGGGACUUUUGCCUAAAACCCGUCACACCAGUUGCUCCAGAUGGCAUCUCUGCAGGAGGAAGCCGGGAAGGUUUUCCUGACUCUGCCUGGGGAGCAUCCCCUCACUGCUCUGCUGCUGGGCUUUCCAGAUGUACUGCUCUCAAGCUGCUCCUUUUCUGUCUUUGAAGGGACUGCAAGGACUGUACCCCCAGCCCGGUGAUCCCUGAUGUGCUGGGGAAGCACCUGCUGCCCAUGCUGCCUGUGUGGGUGGCAGCUGCUGUGCCGGUCGCCUGACUUAGGCUGAAUUUUGGCUGCUCUCAGAAAAAGGUGAUGCAUCUUCAACACAUCUCCAGGCGAGCCUGGUUGUCGAACGGUGCCUUGUCCCACUGUUGGAGGACAAGAUUGAAAAAUCUGAUGGGGCAUACCUGUCUGCUUUCUACUGCCUGAGUUGUGCCUGCCAGUAACACCGUACUGGGCCAGAGCAGUGCCGGAGCUGGUGCUCCUGCUGGGGUAAUCCCUCUUUCCAGUUUGUGGUAGUGAUGCCAUAGUCAUUGUUUACAUGUCUGCAGGCUCCUGUAGUUAAUGAGCCAUAGACCCAAACGAGGUAGCCUGUACCUCUGAGCUGCUGUUCCAGGUUGUUUGCAGGUUGAGGCAGAGACAUCUACAUCCCUUUAUUUGGCUUAACCCAGCAAAUGUUUCCUUAUCACUGCCAGACUUAUAUGUUUUUCAUGAUGACUUUAAAAAGAGAGGUGAUUUCCUACAGCACAAGGAUGCUGACACAAGCCUGACUUCACAGAGGGGCUUUAGGACAAGGUUUUGUAUUUAACUGAAGUUGGGUGAUGGAGCAGAGGCUGAUGGGCCCUUCCCUUUGCGCAUCUCCAAGUGGAGACAUGGCAGCUUUGCCUGUCAUGGUGGUGAAUGCUGGCUCCUUGGGGUGACAUCCUGAGUGAACUGCACCCCUCUUCAGGUCUCUUGGGGCAGGUGGGGUGGUCUAAUCGUGGGUCCUGUUAGACUGGUGCAUCUCAAAAUAUCUCCUCCUUCUCACCCAGCUCAGUGAUGCUUGAGCUGAACAAUGUCUUCCACUGCACUUGGUAUUUAUGGUACUUUCAUAGGAGAUCCUUGUGAAUUCCCCAUGUAGCACAGGCCUGUCCCUCCGUAUCUCCAAGACCAGGACCUUUCUCUCUAGGGUUGUUUCAUGCUCUGACUCUCCUCGUAUGAUGCCAUGGCACAAUGCACUGAGCUGGGCAGAAAGAGCUGGUCCUGCCCUGGGCUGGGCACCACACAGACCAAUUAUUUUCUCACUCCUGUUUUUCUCUCUCUGUGCUGUCUGUCCCAUCCAGCUCCGUCUUUGAGAUUGAUCUUUACUGUAAAGCAUGAAUCCCUGCUCUGCCCUUUUUCCUGUUGUCCUGUGCCUCUCCCAGGGAGAGGGAGGAGGAAGAGGAUCAAGGCCAUGGCUAGUUGUGUCCCUGCCUGCAAGAGUAGGGUGUUAGUUGUCCCCUGGGCAUCAGUACCGUUGUCCCUUGGACAUCGGUACCUGCCAUCUCUUUAUGAUGCCAUUUUGGUGUCCAGUACCUGUUUUGCCUGAGGUUUACAUAAAAGUGACCUUCUUUAUGAGGAGAGUCACCUUUCUGUAGGAAUAAUAAAGUGGGGUGAACUACUUAA